CUACAUGUGUCUGCCAGAUCGUCAUCCAUCAUUCCCCCGGUUUCCAUCCCUUCACUACCAGGCUACCCUGCCGCAAAAAUCACAUGGAUGGUCAAAGGGCAACCGUCCCAUGUGGGAUGUUGCUCUCGGCGUUCAACAAAAUGAACAAAAACCAAACUCUCGAACUCUCGAACCUACUAUUGACCCAUCAAACCUGUUAGAACAAGCGCCGGCUCUCCCAAACGUCCCAAGCUCCUCAUCCAUUUUCCCAUCCGCUGCGCUGGCUCUUCUGAGGAAGCCUGAGACAGACAAAGGUUAGUCAAGGAACCCCCCUCCUCCAUCGCUUUUACCGCCUUUUCGACGCGCUUCCCGUCCAACAUCAUUGGACUGGGUCGGGGACGCUGGGCCGCCCUAACGCCGCCUCCAACUGCAACGUGCUCAAGCCUGCAUCUUCGUCUAAGGUAGUGGAAGUACUGAUCACUCGUCUCGACGGCUGCGCAUUGACGAUGAGUGAUUGACAUGUGAGAGGAAAAGGGACAGAAGGAAGGAAAGGGAAGAGAAACAGAGACCCUAAAAUCCAGCCUCCGGUGCUGUCUGUAAGACUAGAUACACCUCGAAGCCGAAUGCUGCAGUAGGAGGGGCUGCGUUGACAGGUCGGUCAAGAUAGCAGCGGGACGCCUGGCCAAAUACACCGAGCUCACC